GCCCUUAACAAACCAUAUAAAGCCUCCUUGUCGCUAUGUAACAAGAUAGGCCAGGCAGCUAGGCUCCGCCAUUUCCAUAAGCCUCUCUUUGACUCUCCAACUCUCAAACUCCCACCAUUUUCUUCUUCUUCUUCUUCUUCCACGACCUCAAAAAUGCCGGGCUGCUUCAGCUUUACAGCGUCGCGCGACCGCUGCUUCCGCUACUACUUCUCAUCACACGGCCUAAAAUCCACCACCACUGAUUUGGGCGAAGGCACAAUCAUGCACUGCUGGGUCCCCAAAUCCCACUCCCAAUCCAAGCCUACGCUGCUCCUCAUCCACGGGAUCGGCGCCAACGCAAUGUGGCAGUGGCACGAGUUCGUCGCCCCUCUCGCCGCCCGCUUCAACCUCUACAUCCCGGACCUUGUCUUCUUCGGCGACUCCUUCUCGACCCGACCCGACCGCUCCGAGACUUUUCAGGCCCAGUGCGUCGUGGGCCUCCUGGAGGCCCACGGGGUGAAGAAAAUGAGCGUCGCUGGGAUUAGCUAUGGUGGUUUCGUGGCCUACAGCAUGGCGGCGCAGUUUGGGGAGCGGAUAGAGAGGCUUGUGCUAUGCUGCGCCGGGGUUUGUUUGGAGGAGAAGGAUAUGGAGAAGGGGAUGUUUCAGGUGAGGAGUGCGGAGGAGGCUGUGAGUAUUUUGCUGCCUCAGAGGCCUCAGCAGGUUAGGCAGCUGCUGAAGAUCUCUUUUCACAAGCCUGUUAAGAAUCUGCCCUCUUGUUUUCUCAAUGAUUUUAUUGAGGUGAUGUGCACAGAACACCUUCAAGAGAGGAAAGGAUUGAUUCAAGCAUUGCAUAAGGACAGAAAAUUGUCCGAUCUUCCCAAGAUAUCCCACCCUACACUAAUCAUCUGGGGAGAGCAUGACCUGGUAUUCCCACUGGAAUUAGGGCACCGAUUAAAAAGGCAAAUAGGUGAGAGUUCACAACUAGUGAUCUUAAAGAAUGCAGGGCAUGCCAUAAAUGCAGAGAAACCCAAAGAGAUGUACAAGCACAUGAAGUCUUUCCUCAUUGAUCCACUUCCUCCACCUAAACAAGAAAGCCACAGCAACGGCCGCAAGGUGGAUUGAAAUUUGAAGAGAAGGUGAAGAGCAAUCAAGAUGACUAGAUAAGUAACUGGUUUUCAUUUAAAACCUACAUUAUGAGAUACGCUGGUGCGUAUUGUGGAUUAUGUGUUCAUUUUGUAUAUUUAUAAGACGAAAAGAUAUAUAUCAGCGCAGUAGAACCGGAUUACGCAGAUGCUUA